AUGUCCUCAACGCAGAGCGACAGCACACAACAUUGGGAGGAGGCGCAGAAGAACGAUGUCGAAGCUCUGGCUUAUCCGGGGGACGAAGACUCCGUACAACUGAAUUGGUGGGCAAAGUAUCGAGAUAUGAUCCGAGAACCGGCUGCUGAGUUCAUUGGGACGGCCAUCCUCAUCGUGUUUGGGAACGGCGUAAACUGUCAAGUGGUUCUGUCUGGUGUCUCCGGUGUAGCUUCUUCGGCGAAGGGAGAUUACCUUUCUAUCAAUUUUGGUUGGGCGAUCGGUACUGCUCUGGGGGUUUGGGUGUCUGGUGGAAUUUCUGGAGGCCAUAUCAACCCAGCGGUGACUAUAGCGCUCGCUACAUGGCGGGAUUUCCCAUGGCGCAAGGUGCCGGGGUAUAUCUUUGCACAAGUUAUGGGCGGUUUGGCUGGUGCCGCUUUGGUCUACGCAAAUUAUUACCAUGCCAUCAAUAUAUUCGAAGGAGGUUCAGGUGUCCGCACCUUGAACACUGCUGGGCUCUUUUCCACAUAUGCUUUGGACUAUCUUUCCAAUGUGUCUUGCUUCUUCUCCGAGGUCCUGGCCACUGCGGUGUUGCUCAUCGUUGUACUAGCAAUCGGUGAUAAGAGAAACUGUCCACCUCCCGCGGGGCUUGCCCCACUGGUCCUUUUCCUACUCAUUCUUGGCAUCGGAGCUUCCCUCGGCAUGCAAACAGGUUACGCGCUCAACCCUGCUCGCGACCUGGGGCCUCGUCUCCUCACUGCUAUGGCAGGCUAUGGGAAGACUGUAUUCACGUUCCGCAACCAAUACUGGCUCUGGUGUCCUAUCAUGGGUCCAAUUGUCGGUGCGCAACUGGGCACAAUCUUUUAUGAUCUUUUCAUCUUCCAAGGAAAUGAAAGCCUCAUCAACAAAACGAAUAAAAAGUCGGACAGACCCCAUGCGCCAUCCGCACAGCGGGACAUGCUCCCCGCUGGACCUGGGGCCGUCGACAAAGUCUAA